AUGGCGGGUGUGGCCAAUUGGCCCAGGCCCCUGGGACGGCCGAGACCUGCUGGGCGUCAGCUCGGCAAGGCGGCCGCUUCCCGCGCGGGUUCUGUGGGGAGGGCGAUGGAGAGGGAGAGCGAGGGUGAGCGACGGGAGAGGGAAAGAGACGCUGGCUGA